AUGAGCCGAUGGCGUGGGGAAGACGCGCAAUAUGAGCAUCAAUUCCUAGUACGAUUGCCACCUGAGGUCGCUAAAGAAGUUAGAGAUAGCAUUAAUGCCAAUUCUUACAAGAGGAAGCCAUUAUCAAUAGAUUUUUCUGAUGAUUGCCGCCGUGCGGUCAUCGAGUAUGGUCAUGAUAAAUUAUAUGGUAAAAUGUACGAUUUGCCGUGCAUAAUUGAAAGUCAAAAGACAGUUGACAGAAAAACUUUUUACAAAUCAGCUGAUGUUAGUCAAUUACUAAUAUGUAAAGAAGAUGCUAGUAGCGACGAGGACAUUAUAGAUGUUAGUUCAAUGACUAAAGGAGGAAAAAUUUUAAAUAGGAAGGAGCUCAAGAAAUAUGCUAUUAUUCAUGGCAUUUCACCACCUUUAAAAAAUGUUCGAAAAAGAAGAUUUCGUAAAACUGCAAAAAAGAAAUAUGCUCACUCUAUUGAAGUUGAAAGGGAAUUACGCAGAUUGUUUAAAGAAGAUGUAGCUGCAGUGAAAGUUUCGUAUGAAGUUGUAAAGGUCGAAGAAAAAAUUGAUGAUGGGAGAAGUGAAAUUUCUGAGCUGGAUGGCCUUGACUCAACUGGACCUACGUCUGUGGUUACCAAUGUUAUAUCUACGACAGGGAGCCCCUACGUCGAUGAAAUAAAUGAUGUCAAUGACACAGAGAUUAUGAAAGAUAAAUGUGAUGACGUUGCAGCGAUGUUACAUAUGAGUGAUGAUGAAAUAGAAGAAGAUAAUAAAGUGGAAACUAAAAAUAACCCUUCUGAAGCAAAUAGUAGAGAACACAUAGAUUCCACUAAUAACAGUAUAAGUGCUAAUGAAAGGGCUGACAUUGCCAACAAAAUAGCGACAGUUGAGGAAGCACUUAUAAGAUUGCAAGCGAAAAUUAUAAAAGAGAGGCGCAAGAUUGACGAAGUCCCCAACAUUUUUCUAAAAAUUCGCCUACAAUCUAACCUGGAAAGUUUACUUGAACAAGAGAAUGAAAAGCGCGAAGAAUUACAUGAGUUAAAUGUAAGGUUAAAUUAA